GUAAGAUGGCGGCGGACACGGGGAGCUGUCGCUUGUACGCGCUGCUGAGAUUUUUUUAUUCACUGCUCUUCCCUGGACUAAUUCUAUGUGGAGUUUUGUGUGUAUAUUUGGUCAUUGUCCUUUGGCUAUUCAGGCGACAUCUACAGAGAAAGAAAAAGUCCAUUUCAACCAGCAGAAAUGGAAAAGAUCAAAUGGUGGUUGCAUUUUUCCAUCCUUACUGCAACGCGGGCGGCGGAGGAGAGAGGGUUCUAUGGUGUGCCUUGAAAGCCCUGCAGAAAAAGUAUCCUGAAGCAGUUUAUGUUGUAUAUACUGGAGACAUUAAUGUCAGUGGUCAGCAGAUACUAGAAGGUGCUUUCAGAAGAUUUAACAUCAAGUUAGUUCACCCAGUGGAAUUUGUUUUCUUAAGGAAACGCUACCUUGUGGAAGAUUCUCAAUAUCCCCACUUCACAUUGCUAGGCCAAAGUCUUGGAUCCAUUCUUCUUGGCUGGGAAGCUCUGAUGCAGCGUGUUCCUGAUGUUUACAUCGAUUCAAUGGGAUAUGCUUUCACACUCCCUCUGUUUAAAUAUAUAGGGGGUUGCCGAGUUGGAAGCUAUGUUCAUUAUCCCACUAUCAGCACUGAUAUGCUCUCUGUAGUGAAGAAUCAAAACACUGGAUUUAAUAAUGCGGCUUUCAUUAGCAGAAAUGCUUUUCUCAGCAAAGCAAAGCUCCUCUACUACUGUUUAUUUGCUUUUAUUUAUGGCCUUGUUGGUUCAUGCAGUGAUGUAGUCAUGGUGAAUUCGUCUUGGACACUAAACCAUAUUCUCUCACUGUGGAAAGUUGGGCAUUGCACUAACAUUGUUUAUCCACCUUGUGAUGUGCAGACAUUCCUGGACAUCCCCUUACAUGAGAAAAGGGUGACCCCAGGACAUUUGCUGGUUUCCAUUGGCCAGUUCAGGCCUGAAAAGAAUCACGCUUUGCAGAUCAAAGCCUUUGCUAAGUUGCUAAAUGAGAAGGCAGCUGAGUCACGCCCUUCACUUAAACUUGCCCUUAUUGGAGGGUGUCGAAACAAAGAGGAUGAGCUUCGAGUAAACCAACUGAGAAAGCUCUCUGAGAAUUUGGGAGUUCAAGAGAAUGUGGAAUUUAAAAUAAACAUCUCAUUUGAUGAAUUGAAGAACUACCUGUCUGAAGCAACAAUCGGUCUGCAUACCAUGUGGAAUGAGCAUUUUGGGAUUGGAGUUGUGGAGUGUAUGGCAGCUGGUACAAUUAUUCUUGCACACAAUUCAGGAGGCCCAAAGCUUGACAUUGUCAUUCCUCAUGACGGACAAAUAACUGGAUUUCUGGCUGAGAGUGAAGAAGGCUAUGCUGAAACCAUGGCUCAUAUUCUUUCUCUGUCUUCAGAAAAGAGACUUCAAAUCAGGAAAACUGCUAGAGCGUCUGUAAGCAGAUUUUCUGACCAGGAGUUUGAAGUAUCAUUCCUGUCUUCUGUGGAGAAGUUACUUACGUAAUGCCAAAUCUGUGCAGUCUAGAUAUUUUCUACAAAGUGGAGAUGUGGUGUGGGUCAGUAGUAGAGCCUGUGCUUAGUGUGUGCGAGGUCCUGCGUUCCAUCCCAGCAUCCAAAAAGUCAAAGGAAAUGCUUCACUUAGAAACACCUUCACAUGUAAUUAUUUUCUAAAUUCAUUCUCUAUCGUAAUAAAGGCAGCCUGAGCAAUAUUGUAUAUAGACAAUGUGUAUAUAGACAAGGUAGUAUUUAACAAAAUGGCAAAAUUACCUAUAUGGGAAAAGUGUACCUUAGUAAACAGAUUUUACAUUAGUAUUUGGCCUCAAAAUCUGAACAGUACAAAUCUCAAAGGAAAAAAAUACCAAUCAGAUUUUUACAUACUCAUGUAUUUUAACUUUUUUAUCUUUUCCUUUCCUUAUUUUAAUCUUUGAAUGUCCCUGCCUCCACCUCCAAGAAUGCUAUGAUCAUAGUAAUGCACUUAACAAGUCCAGUGUAUGCGGUGCUAGGGAUGGAACCCAGAGCCCAACGGAGGCUGGACAAUUACUCUACCAACUGAGCUGCAUCCUAAGCCCCAAAUCCUGUUUUCAAAUCACUGUACUUUAGAAAACAUAAAACUUCCUUGGGUUUUUAUUUGUUUUAUGAUGCUGGAGAUAGAAUGUAGAGCCUCAGAGUGUAAAACAGGAGCAGGGACAUUUGAAUUCCUAACACCACAGAAUGCACUGAGCCAACCUCAGCCAAACACUUCCCUCCGGAGGAAAGGGAAGUGCUGAGAGAAACAGACAGCAGAUAAUCAGGUGACACUUUAAAAUUUAGUCUUAUAUUUUGAAAAAAACUCUGUUUGAGGGGUGGGUUUAGAGUUAGAGAUUGAACCUAGAGUCAUGCUCGUGGUACAUAAGUGUUCUAACCAGUGAGAGCUUUACCCCAACCUCAGGAGUCCUGGGAAACAACAACAUGAGUAACCUUUUAAGUAUACCUAAUAAUUUUCUUAAAGGAAAAAGAAACUUCAAACAGGCAUCUCUAAUCCUAUUCCAAAGCAUCAGUCAAGAGAUGGGAUGGACUGAUUUCUUCAUGGGUGUGUACAGAUGUUGAAGUCAAAACACAGGCAGCAAUCUUUCCCAUAACUAGGUGUGUGUAGAAGUUGGGUUUUGUUUAGAGCCUACCACAGUUUGUCUCUGUAGGUUUCUCAUCCAUUAACAGCCCCACUGUGAAGAUAUUCUAGCUAAGAGAAUAUCAAGCUAAGUUGCUUUUCUGAAACUGACCAUGUCAUAUCAUAAUUCGCAAACAGUGUAAAGGAUCAUGAGAUGGCAUUUUGAAAACAGUGCCAGGUGGUAGUUAGCAUACUGGGCUGGACCUUGCUUCACCUUUUACAAAUACCUGACCUACACUAAAGCUGUGCCUUUAUUUUUUUGAUUCUGGUUGUUUCAUCUGAAAUCAAGGUGUUAAUACCUUUUAGAAUUAUGAUACAAGAUGUGAAGCAUAUGAAGCUACUCUGAAAAUUAAAUAUUGCUUUAGUAAACGUAACAACCGAAGAUACAGUGACCUGAUAGGGGAAGUGGUGUGUGUGUUGGGGGUGGCUUUUAAGGGAAGGGAGAAAGAGGUUAAUAAAGGAGGGAGGCUGGUAAAAUAAAAUAAGGAUGUCUAAAAAAAAGCCACAAGGAGUCAUACAGUUAAUUACUAAACAACACCAAAAAGAACUGUACUACCUGUAAUUCUGUGUAUAAAAAUAUGUUUAUAAUUUUAA